UUCAUCCUUCCUUGAGAUUGAUAUAUGAUGGGAACAUUUUCAUAAUGUGUGUUGUGAAGUAGAAACUGAGUACAAUGCAUGACGCAUACGAGGACAUUCCUAUACUGGAGAAGCUUCCAUUGAAAAUUGAAUCCAUUGCUUGUUACGAUGACAUAUUGCUUGUUGGGACAAAAGAAUGCCACCUGUUACAAUACAAAGUAAAGCGUACAACAGGAGGAGAUCAAAAAGCAGAAGUGAAAUUGGAGAGAUCCUACAAGAACUUUGCCAGGAAACCUAUUUUACAGUUGGCAGUGGUGCCAGAGUUGUUCCUGCUCAUCAGUCUGUCAGAUAGCAUCAUCAAUGUACAUGAGCUCUCUACAUUUGGUCUGAUAACAUGUCUGUCCAAAACCAAGGGAGCCACACUGUUUGCCAUAGGUGUUCAGAGGACAAAGUCCUUGAGUGGAGAGAUUGCUUGUACCCUUCGCCUGUCUGUUGCUAUCAAACGCAAGAUACAGACUUACUACUGGAAAAAUAGAGAUUUCAUGGAACUUCAGCCUGAAUACAACAUGUAUGAUGUUCCCAGAGAUAUGGUCUGGUGUAAGGAUACGAUUUGUGUUGGUUUUAAACGCGACUACUUCAUUGUAAAGAUAAAUACAGGCAACACCACAGAAUUGUUCCCCGUGGGAACUAAACAACAGGAUCCAAUCGUAACACGGCUGGAAAAUGAUACUCUUCUACUUGGGAGGGACGAAAUGUCUAUACUCAUUGACGAUGACGGCAAGCCCACACAAAAAUACCCCAUCAACUGGACUGAUAUUCCUAUACAAAUAGAAAAUCACCCUCCAUAUCUCAUAGCCUUAUUACCUAGACAUGUGGAAGUCAGAACCAUAUCCCCACGUCUUCUCAUACAAAACAUCGACCUUCAAAAAGCUCGCUACAUCUGCCAGGGAAGUGGUUGUAUGUAUGUAGCCUCUUCAAAUUAUGUGUGGAAACUAAAUGCCAUGCCUAUAGCUUAUCAGAUACGACAGCUUCUAGAGGCAAACCAGUUUGAACUAGCUCUACAUCUUGCAGAUAUGACAGAGGAACCUGAAGAUGAGAAGCAGAAACUGAUUAACAGAAUAAAAACUCUUCAUGCAUUUAAUUUAUUUUGUGAGCGCAAGUUUGAAGAAUCCAUGAUGAUAUUUGUAAAAUUAGGAACAGAUCCAUCCCAUGUGAUAGGGCUAUACCCUAACCUCUUACCAAGUGAGUACCGCAGUCAACUGGAGUACCCAAAUAGACCACCAGAACUGGAGGGAGGAGACCUGGAAAAAGGUCUACUAGCCCUGCAGGACUAUCUUACUCAGAAAAGGGUAGACGUGUGCAAGGACAUUAACAAGGAGGUGCAGACUACAGCCAUCAAGGAGGGCAACAAAACCAUCAAAUCUAAACGUCAACUCAGUCAAAUCAUUGAUACCACCCUGCUGAAAUGUUAUCUACAGACAAAUGAUGCUCUAGUGGCACCGCUGUUAAGAAUCAAGGACAAUAAUUGUCAUGUGGAAGAAAGUGAGAAAAUCCUCAAACGUAAAGAGAAGUUCAGUGAACUCAUCAUCCUGUAUGAGAAGAAAGGACUUCACCAGAAAGCUCUAAAUCUGUUGAUGAACCAGGCUGCUCGUCCCAGCUCCCCACUAAAAGGCCAUGACCGCACUGUGCAAUAUUUACAACAUUUAGGACAAGAUCACCUGGACUUGAUAUUUGAGUAUGCUGAAUGGGUUUUAAAACAACACCCAGAAGAUGGACUCAAAAUAUUUACUGAAGAUUUGCCAGAAGUGGACAGCCUUCCGAGGGAUAAAGUGUUCAAAUACCUGGAGAAAACUGCCAAAGACCUAGCCAUUCCAUAUCUAGAACAUGUUAUUGUUGAGUGUGAUGAUCACAGUCCAGACUUCCACAAUUCUCUGGCCCAACUACUACGCGAUAAAGUUCAGACACUGAUGACUGAUUACAUCCAGUCUCUCCCUGAAGGACACCUGCCAAGUAAGGCUGGGCAGGAACAGGGGGAACUCGGAGAGUACCGCAGAAAGUUGAUCCAUUUCUUACAAGUGUCUCAUGACUAUGUUCCUGAGAGGCUGCUGACACGGUUCCCACUGGACAGUUUCUAUGAGGAGCGAGCGAUCCUGCUAGGGAGGCUGGGAAGGCACGAGCUGGCCCUCGGUAUCUACGUUCAUAUACUUCGGGAUACAUCUGCUGCUGAAAGGUAUUGCCAGGAAUACUUUGAAAGAAAUAGAGAAGAAAAUAAAGAUGUGUACCUGGAUCUAUUAAAGAUGUACUUACAGCCACCAUCCUCUUCAGCCCUUGGGAUCUCUGCAGGUCAGGGCUUUACACCGAAACCUAGUAUGGAGGCUGCUCUACGACUUAUGAAAGAGCAUGCCUCCAAAAUUGACUCAACUAAGGCCCUGGAGAUGUUGCCUGCUGCAACUAAGAUUGAAGAAAUUUUAAAUUAUCUUGAAAGUGUGAUGGAACACCAGGCAACAGUACGCAGGAAGAAUCAGGUCCUCAAAAGUAUGUUUUAUGCUGAAAAUUUACAGGUUCAUGAACAAAUAAUGUUUUAUCAUAAACACAAAGUUGUUAUCAACGAUGAGAAGAUGUGUAAAGUUUGCAAGAAGAGAAUCGGAAACAGUGCAUUUGCUCGAUACCCCAGUGGGAUGGUCGUCCACUAUUUCUGCUGUAAAGACCCAAAAGUGAAUCCACUGGAGAAGUGACAAAGGAAGAUCUCAUAGAUAUUCAAAUUGUGAUAGAUGGUAUGCAGACAUUCCUAAUGAGAGUUUGAAGAACAGCCGUCUGAUGUUCCCAUCACCAUACACUAAUCUGACAUUCCUCAGAAGUUUAAAAAGGAAUCAUUGUUUUGUACAUCGCAGAGUGUUGAUUCUUGGUACAAAUAUUGAAUGAGAUUGAAUGAUCCCUGUGGAGCAGAGAGGCAGAGCCUAAUAGAGGAAAUAAAGAUAACAAUCUUUUAUUGCUUUUCAUUUAGUUCAAUUCAUACAAAUUAAAUCAAGUAAGCUAUACAGACCCUAAGGGCCUUUUAUCAGAUAUUAUUCUUUAUUUUUGUUUAAUUCAAUUGAUCCGAAGGACCGGGGACCUUAUGCCAUGUUCCAGCAUUCAGAGCCAUACUAGUCAUAAAUAACAGAACAGAUUUGACCAAAUUUGGUUAGAAGCAUCUUUGGGAAAGAGGAAUUAAAGUUGUUUAACUUUUGGUUCUUGGACCCAUUAGCCUGAAGGGCUUAAAUCUACUCCUACUGUAGGAAUGAAUGGAUAUUGCCAAAAUUUUAUCUAAAGCACUCUUGGGUGAAGGGGAUUCAAUCUUGUUUAACAAUAGGUCUCUGUCUCUAAGAGCAGGAAGGUUGGGGCCCAAUAGGGGAAAUAGAGUAAGUUAUUAAAAAUGUUACACUUUCUUUUGGAAUUAUUAGAUUUUGUCAAACUUGGUCAGAGGAAAAAUCAAUUUUAUGUUUUAUGUAUUUACAAUGGGUCUUUGCCUGCUUGGAAUUCUUGAAAAUUUUACUCCUCCCGUAGGAAUGAUUGGAUUUUUCCAGAAUUUAGUGUAAAGCAUUCUUGGGUGAAGUGACUCAAUUGGGGAAAUGUAAAUUCUUAUAAAUCCUUCUUCCAUAUAAGGAUAUUGUCCAAAUUUGGUCUGAAGCAAUUUUUAUGAAUAUUGAAUCUGAUUCUGUUUGAUCAAAAGGCAGGGACCUAAUAGGGAAAUUAUUAAAUGAUAAACAGCUGAAUUAGUCAGAUGAAAUUAUUAAACAGCUGAAUUAGUCAGAUGAAAUUAUUAAACAGCUGAAUUAGUCAGAUGAGUGACGCAGGCUCCUUGGGCUUCUUGUUCUUAGUAACGUUUCCAGCAACCUUUUUUAAAAAACACUUUAAUCUUCAUUAAAAGCUUAUAGUUUGAUACUUGGAUAAUAUGAUAAAAAUAAUGUGGAAAUGCUAAACCUCAUUCAAUUUAACAAGCUGAAAACUGCCUAGCAACAAGAAAAUGAAAAUUUUGAAAAAUUGCUUCAAUUUUUUAUUUGAUCAUCUAAUAUUUAUCUUUGCUUAAGACUUCAUGUUUGAAUAGAGAAAUUUUCAAGGAUAUGUUUUAUGGUUAAAAAAGAGUGAGUCACUGUUCACUUGUUUUUUAUCCCAAGGUAUCCCUUAGUAUUAAAUACUCAUCAUGGAUGAAAGAGGUAUAGCAAUUGAGUGUAAUUUCUUUUAAUUUAAACAUGGUUAGAAGUCUUAUCAUGGGACGGCAGUUAAUGUUACAUACAUUUUACAUUUGUAUUACAUGUACAGUGUAGUUCAGGUUGUUUUACUUUAUUAACAGGAUUAUGUGACAUGUUACAAGAACAGCAUUGUAACUCAGGUGAACAUUCAGGCACCUUGGGUCUCUUGUUUUCAGCUACAUUAUACAUUAUCUUUCUUUCUUGAUAAACUGUGAAUUAUUUUUGUUGGCCUAAAGUCAGAAUAAAUUGAGAUAAUUUUGUGUCUAUUUUUGUAUGCUAAACAUUAAAUGUUACCUUUGCUGUGAUAAUUAUUUUGUUUAUAAACUUCAGUUUUUAAUGAAAAUGUCUUGUCUGCUUUGUGUUACCUUAUUGUCCUGAUACCACACCAACAUUUUUGUUUUACUUCAGUCAAAGAAAACUACAUAUUUACUAGUGUACCUUGUCUAAUCUUUAUGUAAAACAUGUAGAUAAAAUUCAAGUUUCAAAUGUUUUAACCUCAAGAAUGCCCAAAAAUUGUUCUCUGAAAUGUGUUCUAUAGUGUAAACUGACCAUGAGUUGGGCAACUUUCACCUCCCAGUGGACACCAAAAUCUUUCUGGUAUGAUUUAGAUCUUAAAACUCUAAAAAAAAAUCAGUCAUAAGUUUUCAACUGUCCUUAUGGAAUACUUACAUUUUCAAGUUCACUAAAUUAGUUUCUAAGUGUCUUACUCUAGAUUGAUUCAGGAUCUAUCAUUUAACCUUGAAUAGUGAGUUCCCAAGAAAAAUAUCUUCUAAAAUAUCAAAGCAAAGACAGAUUAACAUCAAUAUUCCAUUUUAACAUUUUUUUCAGUAAUUGAGUGUUGCUAGAUUUGUUGUGCCAUUACAUUAAACAAAAAAUCCCAUUGAUCCUCUAAAAUUUUCUUAUUGAUGGGAUUUCUUUCAUCACAUGCCUGAAAACACUAGAAAAACAGAAUUGGGCUACAGACAGAUAAUUCUAGGUUCAGGUGUCCUUUUACCAAUAUGUAUGGGACAAUAUAGGGAAGUGCGAAUUAAAACGUGUGUAAAACAUCACAGAAAUUGUCUUACUUUAGAUCUUGUCCAACUCAAUAUAAGUUUAUCCUUUCUGUUACAUCUGUGUAUUCAAAGUUGUGUGAAAGAUAUCUCACAAAUCCCAUAAUAGAUUUAGUUCAUAAUCACAACAUAACAUCACACCAUCAAGUUCUAUACCUGAUUAGAUUUUGAUGGUCAUUGGUCAAGGUUGAAGGUCAAAGUUCAUCGUUUUUAAGCUCAUGCACCAUGUGACAGAUUUAGUUCUGAUUAACACUAUAACGUCAAAUCAUCCAAUGACCCAUAUCUACAGGUGUCAGGUUUGUUGAAAUAUUGAAAUGACUUCUUGCGACAAAUCAAGUCCUUCAAUCAUGAAAUUUGGUUCCUAGGUUCCUAGGAUCAAGGUCACAGGGAAUCAAUACCAGGAAGUGAUGCAGGCUUAAUGAGUCUCUUGUUUAAAGUUUGGUAAAUGUAGAGAUAGAGCAACUAAAGUAAGACAGAAGGAUGGAUAAGAUUUAAAAUAUAGACAUUUCUAUUUCUAUGGUUGUGUUAUUGUACAUGUAAUAUUUGAUAUGCAAAUUACUAGUAAUGUAUGUGUAUAAGUGAAGCUGUGUAUGCACUGAUAGAUAUAUAUAAUGAUCUGUGUGUAUGGCUGUAAAUGUGUGGCCUCUAACAACCUGAUGUGUAUAUGGCUGUAAAUGUGUGGCCUCUGACAACCUGAUGUGUAUAUGGCUGUAAAUGUGUUACCUCUGAAAACCUGAUGUGUAUAUGGCUGUAAAUGUGUGGCCUCUGACAACCUGAUGUGUAUAUGGCUGUAAAUGUGUGGCCUCUGACAACCUGAUGUGUAUAUGGCUGUAAAUGUGUUACCUCUGAAAAAUGAUGUGUAUAUGGCUGUAAAUGUGUGGCCUCUGACAACCUGAUGUGUAUAUGGCUGUAAAUGUGUGGCCUCUGAAAAACUGAUGUGUAUAUGGCUGUAAAUGUGUGGCCUCUAACAACCUGAUGUGUAUAUGGCUGUAAAUGUGUGGCCUCUGAAAACCUGAUGUGUAUAUGGCUGUAAAUGUGUGGCCUCUGAAAACCUGAUGUGUAUAUGGCUGUAAAUGUGUUACCUCUGAAAAAUGAUGUGUAUAUGGCUGUAAAUGUGUGGCCUCUGACAACCUGAUGUGUAUAUGGCUGUAAAUGUGUGGCCUCUGAAAACCUGAUGUUUAUAUGGCUGUAAAUGUGUGGCCUCUGACAACCUGAUGUGUAUAUGGCUGUAAAUGUGUUACCUCUGAAAACCUGAUGUGUAUAUGGCUGUAAAUGUGUGGCCUCUGAAAAAUUAUGUGUAUAUGGCUGUAAAUG